ACACUUAAAUGUUAUUUGCAAACAUUUAAUCGUGGUGCAUUUUGACUUAUCUGCAACGGAGAUGAAUUAAUAUACAUUUAUCUUUGUGGAGUUAUAGCGGAUAGAUUGUAAAAAUCUCAUACGGAGUGGGUUUAUUCCUUCAGUUGUAGUUUUAUCGAUUAAUUAACGUGUGAGCAUGAUUCAAGAAUUCUUGUUGUCGGGAUCUAUAGGGAUGACAUUCCUCGUUGCUAUAUUAACGGGACUUGUUGUGUAUUGGUUGAUACUGAAAUGGAAGUACAAAUACCCGUCCGGCCCUACUGCUUUUCCCCUCAUUGGAAACAUGAUGCAAGUUGACAUGAAGAUAUUACAUGAACAAGCAUUUGAGUGGUCGAAGACAUAUGGUCCAGUCGUUUCAAUCAGAUUAGGUCCAAUGCCGUUUGUAUUUGUCAACACAAUAGAUACAGCCCUGGAGGUUUUGGUUAAAAAAUCAACAGACUUCGCUUCCAGAAUGAUAACUCCGUCUAUUGAAAUGUUAACGUAUGGUGGAAAGGAUAUUGCUUUCAGCAACUAUGGACUUAUAUGGAAACUUCAUCGUAAAAUUGCGUCAAAGGCCUUACGGCAAUAUUUGCAAGGAGAUGCUUUAGAGCACAGAAUAUUUGAUGCAGUAGAAACGGCGUUUGUUGAAAUGGACAAAAUUUCCGGCCAAUUUGAUCCAGAGCAGUACAUAAACUUUAUUGUUACUAACAUACUGACAAGUCUUUGCUUUGGUGGAAAAUAUGAUUUCCAAGAUAAAGAAGUGAAUUAUAUUCUGAAAGCCAAAGACGAAAUUAACGACAAAUUUGCAAAAGGCAUCUUGGAGGAUUUUGUUCCAGGAUUGAAAUAUGUGUAUAAGUCCGAGGGCUUCAAGGAGAUGGAAAUGUUUACGAUUGAUGUGAUCGAGGGGUUUAUCAGAAGAAAAUACAAGGAGGCGGAGUCAACUUUUAAUAAAGAUAACAUGCGACAUUUUUCGGACAAUUUGAUUCUUGCUCGCAUGGAGGCGGAACAGGAGGAGGGAAAAGACGCUCUCUUAGGACUAGAAGAAGAUCACCUUGUCCAAACGCUAACUGAUAUAUUCUUUGCUGGCAUAGACACAUCCCGAUAUACACUCAGGUUUGCCCUGUUGCACAUGGUGGCAUUUCCGGAUAUACAAGAAAAGGUUCAAGAAGAAAUAGAUAAUGCUGUUGGGAGGGAAAGAUUACCAGGAGUUGACGACCGCCCAAAUCUUGGUUAUACGGAAGCUGUGUUACACGAAAGUAUGCGUCUUGCAAGCGUCUCCCCAUUAGGAAUUUUCCACCAAGCGUCUUGUGAUACAGAAUUAUCCGGCUACCGAAUUCAAAAAGGUACAAACAUAGCUAUCAAUCACUGGGCGCUUCACCAUGACCCAAGCGCCUGGGAUGACGUUGAUCGAUUUAUUCCAGAACGAUAUUUAGGGGAAGAUGGAAAGCUAGGACCUAAGCCAAAGAACUGGCUGCCAUUUUCGGCAGGGACACGAGUAUGUCUCGGAGAGUUUGUAGCCAAACCAGAGCUUCAUUUAAUCUUCGCGAGUUUAAUGCAGCGCUAUAAAUGGAAAAUGCAGUCGGGGUUAUGUGCAGACAUCACCCCUGUUGGGUCAGUUUUACUUCUGGGUUGUAAGCCCUACAAAGUCAUUGCUGAAAGGAGAAUUUAAAAUGACAGAAGCUGAAGUAUUUUUUUAAUAUAACUAGGGUACUUAGUUAAAUAUAUGAUGAAAGAUAAAUUUAUUUAAAAGGUAUUAGAUUAUAUUCAGGAGAAGACAUGUUUCAGUCGUACUAUUAUAUGUUUUAGCAUGUAGAAAAAAUAUUCGUAUACACUGUGAUAUGUAAAUUCAAUUUGUUUACUCCUCAUUAACACGUAGAAGUUAUAUUAUUUACAUAAUUAUCAAAAUGUUAUUUGAUUUAUAUUUCCACGUCUCUAAUAUCAUAAUCUUAUGUUACAUGAGGCUAAAGACCAACAAGAGAUAUUUUCAAAACGCAGUCCCUACUAUAACCUGAAGUAACGCCAAACGAAAGGACACCAAACGGGAAGGGGAAAACAAAUGAGAAGGAGUAGGGGCUUAUUUAGAUUCUUAUAAUUAGGGCAGAGUAUCAAUGGACGAGAGGGAUUAGUUGAAUACCUACCGAGACAGUGAGACAUAUUAUAAUAUAUACAGAGGAAAUAACAAGGGAUGCAAACAUGUAACGUAAAAAACUCUUUGCAACACAUACUGAAAUGAACGUUAUGGCUGACUCUAAUGAAUACGCACUCAAAUAGUUUAAUAUGAUUAUGAACAACGUAAAUAACUAAGGAAUACCGAAUAUAAACCAAGAGUUGUCUGUAGUUAGUAUUGUAUCAAUAUAAACACAUGCUUGACACUAACGGCAUUUAACUUAUCACGUAUUGGCCAUUUUACAUUUGAUAUUUAAAAAAAAAAAGAUAUGCAGUCCGUUAUAUAAAAGAUGACAUCUGCUUAACCCACCCCUCGAAUGAUUCUAGUGUAAAAUCUGUUACACGCAUUCUAGAUUCUAGCCCAAGCUUUUUGGCGUGACCGAGCUUUUAACGUUGUCAUUGUACACUUUUGCCGGGGGGGGGGGGGGGUUCGCUGAGGUUACCAUUUUCUUUAUCUGAUAUAAAACAGACAAAGUAAAAUGUGUUACAAAAAGAACACUUUUUGUCAAAGAAAUGUGCAAACAUGAUCUUUUUUCCAGAUCUUUUUAAUGCAACUGUUAGCACUGUUAUAAGUAAUAAGUUCAAUGCAAUUUUAACCUAAGCAAGUACCAUGACAAUGAAAAAUAUACAAUGAACAAACAGAUGCCAGAUAUUACCAAUAUACAAUAAAAAGCUUUUGAUAUGGCAACAAAUAUACAAAUCCCGGUAUAAAAUUCAUUAUUAUCUAAACCCUGACUGGUAAACGUAAUAAAUGUAUGCAUUUACAUAUCUUUAAAAUAAAAAUAACAUUAACUGGAGUAGUUAAUUCUGAAUUAACAGUAGAAUGUGGCGUUUCGGCGUGGCACAACAUCAUUCCUUUUUUGUCACAAAACAUGAUAAACAUGUAUUUUCCCCCACUUUUGUUGGAUCGUGUCUUCGUUGUUGGAGAGUCUUUCUCUGUCCACUGAGAGCUCUGUUGUUGCUUGCCGGCUCAUAGAGCCACAACCACGUUUCGUCGCACGUGAUAACUCGAUCCAAGAAUGUGUUCCCCUCGCGUUUUACUUUUCCCAGGAACAACUUAAAAAGUUCAAUCCGCUUUUGCAUCUCUGCUUCUUUCGAUACACAUAGAACCUGCAUACCUAGCUUUUCAUGUAAAAUUGAUUGUACAGUUCCGUACUAAACACAAACAUGGUCUGAAAUCUCUUACAUGGAGCAGCGGCGAUCAUCUUCAAUAAAACGCCUCACUAACGCCACUAACGUCGACGUGAUUAAGGACGGUCUUCCAUUUUGGGUGUCAUCGUCUAUGCUCUCGCGGCUUCUCCUUAACAGUUUGUGUCAUUUGUAAACAGCGGAUUUCUGCAUAGGAGGUGUUGUUCCUGCUUUCCAAUGGUUUCGGCUGCUGAAGACACAAAAGUUAAUUGAUGGUCUAGUUUCGGUUUACGGCGGUAUCCCAAUCAUGACGUUGAUGCUAAAAGAAACGUUUUUGUUUUCGCUACCGUGUGUAAUGUUCGUACCGGACAUGACGUCAAAAACUACAUGUUCGAUAAAAAAUGACUUCGCUUGAACGAACGUCAAAAUUUCGAAGACUUUGCACCACUUGUAAAUGAAAUGUUACAAUUUGUUUGAGAGGUUUACUGAUUUCAUUUCUCGUGCUCCAGGGUAUAGAAAUUCGCGUAAUUUAAAACUAUAUAAAUGCUUAUUUUUUAACAAUUUUACUGAAGUUAUCAAAACCCAUUCAAAAUGUGUAUAUAUAUUUAUGCAUCUGAAGUUUCGUGAAGAUCGGACGUCAAAAUAGAAAUUAUAGAAAUAUUCGCCCUCGUACUUCCUUUCAUUAAGUCGUUUUCAUUAAUCAAUUGCUCCAGUGUGUAAAAUUGUAUCUUUAUUUUCUGUAAUUUUCUGGAUAAUUGUUUUUUAUGAUUAAAUUAUAACUGAUUGUACGAGUAACAAAUCUGAGUUUUGCAAAGAUAGGAAACGAUCAUUUUGAAAAAUAACCAAUGAUAAUUUUUUUGUUGUUGUUUGAGAGAUGUACUUUCCAACAAAUUACAUGCUUAUUUGAAGUUUAUUUACAUAAAGAAAUAUAUAUAAACAAGCUAAUUCCGUUUGUCAAGAUUACUCUAGAAUAAAAUGACGAAAAAGUUUUGUUGUUUUCUUAAUAUGCCCCCUCCCCCCUAACCAGUAAGGCUGAUACACUUUAUGUGCCUGCACGUCAGCUUAUCCAACCGUUUUGGUUUAUUACACUUUUCUGUGACUAUGGAAACAAUAGGUAAUUGUAAAUGUUGGAAUAUUUGACUGUCUUUCUGCAUGCAAGAACCAUGUUUGUUGGGAGCUGCGUUCGUUGAAUGCCGCCUUUCCUUGUUGAAAAUUGAUCAAAAUUGCUCGUAGACUUGCAUCGAUCAACAAGUCUGUCUAUCCUAGAUUCAUGUUUUUGUGACGGCGUGCCAUGCACUUUAAUCAAAUUUUAAUGUGAAUUGUGUAAGGAUUUGUGUCUAACCAAUAGCUAUGCUAUUCGUGGAUGAGUUAUUUUUGUAUAUUUAUGCAUAGAUAUGUGCAAAUGAAGCCAAUUUAUCACACGCAUAGCUUAGCUUUAAAACUCAGAUCAAAAGAGCAAUGUCAUACUUAAUUUGAACGUAGAGGGGACUGGGCGGUUCAGAUUGUUGUUUUUGAACUACUUUACCCAUACCGCUGUGUGUCUGACAUAUCUGAAUCCCGAAAGAGACUUUUGAUUUCUCAUGUAAAGUUGCUAUUCGCCUCAGUGGCUCUAUGCAGGUGCCCACGUGUGCCUGAAAUAAUGCACGAUGGUGAACCCAUGGAUGUCUUCCUUCACCAGUACGGUUAAAAUGUCACCGAAAUACCUUUACAGUGUCGAUAUGUCUUCAAAUCGUACAAAAGUAUGAUUUUCGUAUGCUGUAAAUAUGCCAUUCAUUGAUGCUUUUUAGUAAAACAAAACUUUACAUUAAAACGUUUGCUGAUUGUUUCUUAGAUGUCAUUUCUCUGAGAUGGUAUUGUUAAUAAAACUUUUUAACGCAUUCGAAAUGCAUUAAAUUCUAAAUGCCGUCAAUGCACAUACAUUUUGUACUUCAAAAAUCAUAAAAUAAUAAAAAAAGGACAAUAUACCUUUACAAAAAACUUAAUAACUCUCAACAUUGAUUUCGAACAAAACAAAAUAUAAAUAUAUAUAUUUCAGCUGAAUAUUAAGACUGAGGUUUCAAGCACAGUUAUCUUAUCUUGUUUGUGGUUUAUAUAGAUAGAAGUGUUCAAUCUCGAAUGGUUUAAAGAAGUCAUAUGAUUUAUUCCCGAGCAUUCCUAUAAUGCCAGCACAUUCGACAAAAUGACAAUCCCGUAUAAUUUUCGUAUAAUGCACGGUGCGGGAGCUGAAGUGCAAGUAUUCUAUAUAUUCUAUAGGGAAAUAGUGUUGGACAGACGCACAUGAUCAAACCAAAUAAAGAACUGUUUCGCGUGCAUCACUUCAUACGAUUACUAGUAUUUCAUUUUCCAGUUGUUUUUUUUUUUUGUCUUAAAGGAAUUUACAAUACAUUCAGAAUAUUGAUAAAUAUUAUGCACAAAUACUUAGAUUUCAAAGGUUUAUUUUAAUACAUAUGUUGUAAAUGUAGACAUUCAUGGUAGGAGCCAUAUGUAUUAUAAUACUCUCUUUGCUUUAUUAUUGUUUAAAUUGUUUUCAUUCCUUAGCACUUUUUGGAAGUAAAGGCAUUUGUUGGCUGUGUCCGUUGUGAUGGAAGGAAAGAGCCGUAUAAUUUUUAUCAAGCUCUCCAACACACAAAUUUUUUGACAAGUUUAUACUAUAAGUUUUGUGUUUCAACCAUGGUUUAAAAUAUGACAAUAUAAUGGUUGGUCUCAGAAAGCGCACUCGAGAGAUGUUUAAAAUGUUCUUAGCUUGUUUUAAACACAAUCGACGAAAUUAAAUUACCCGAGUGAGUAAUGACGUGGAUAAGAAAAUCUUAACAUAUGCACGGUAUAUUUGAAAUCACAAGAAAAUGAACGUUUGGUGUACUUUCUUUGCUUUUAUUGUCGCAGUAGUAAGAAAUGCCCACUGAAACUGAACGUUAUAAUUUAUAUUGAUAGCCUUGUUAACAUUCAAAACAUUUUAAAGAUUGUAAACAUACAAUUGUAUGCUAUUAAAUUAUGUAAAUGUGUUACUUAUGUGAUGUUUUGUCUUUAAUUGCUGAAAUAGGAACCUAAAUUCAAUGUCAAAUAUAAUGUGAAAUUGUAAAGUCACAAAAUUUGUA